UUAUUUUGUACCAAAAAUAGCGCAAGAUUAAUCUACUAGUUUCUGUAUCAAAUCUCUUAAAUCCCCGUGCUCUUUUAAAACGCGACAAUUCUUAGCUAUUUCGUUCUUCAAUUUUAUUAGUACCGUUAUGAAGCUUGGUGCAAAAGAGGAACCGACUAACCAGCCACACCAGGAACCUUCCGACGAGGAAGAGGAAGAAGAUGCGCACGAAACUUCCAGCAUAGGAAGUACCUGCACCGAUAACACCUCCAACGGUAGCGAAAACCACCCAAAUCGUAAGAAGCGCCGCCGACAAAGGAAAAAACUCCCGAAGGUAGUGAAGCCGCUAUUCAAAUUUUCAUGUUACGUGAAAGAGGAUCACGGGCAGCCGUUAUUUGGUUGCCAAUUUAAUCAUAAUCUGAAGAAAGGUGAACUGCCAGUGUUUGCCGCAGUUGGCAGCAAUCGGGUCACAAUCUAUCAGUGCCUGGAAAAUGGUGGCAUCAAGCUGUUGCAGUGCUAUUCGGAUCCUGACGUGGAUGAAAUAUUCUAUACGUGUGCGUGGUCUCACGAGACUGAAACUGGUCGGCCAAUUCUCGCUGCAGCUGGUCUGCGUGGGGUGAUUCGUGUUUUCAGCCCCGCAACGUUAAACACGUACAAGCACUACAUUGGUCAUGGUCACGCCAUCAACGAGGUUAAAUUUCAUCCCAGAGAGAACUAUUUACUACUUUCGGCUAGCAAAGACCACUCGCUUCGUUUAUGGAACACAAAGACGGACGUUUGCAUAGCCCUGUUUGGUGGCGUAGAAGGCCACAGGGAUGAGGUAUUGAGUGCUGAUUUCGACAUUUUGGGCGAUAGAAUCAUGUCUUGUGGGAUGGAUCAUUCGCUCAAGAUGUGGCGUUUAGAUACGGACACAAUGAAGGAUGCUAUUCGGAGUAGUUUCACUUUCAACGCUUCCAAAGCUGUGUAUCGAUUCCCCUCGGUUAAUGAACAUUUCCCGGUGUUUUCGACCAGAGACAUUCACCGCAACUAUGUCGAUUGUGUUAGAUGGGUCGGUGAUUGUGUCCUGUCGAAAUCGUGUGAAAAUUCCAUCGUAUGCUGGAAGCCCGGAAACAACGAGCACAAAAACAAUGAGACUUCCACUACAGUCCUGAGUACUCUCGAGUACAAGGAGUGUGACAUCUGGUUCAUACGUUUCUCACUUGACUACUGGCAGAAAUAUCUUGCGCUGGGGAACCAAAGUGGAAAGACUUACAUCUGGGAGCUGGACACGGAGGAUCCCGUGCAUCCUAGAUGCAGUCAGUUGUUUCACCCCAAGUGUACAACCGCGAUCAGGCAGACUUCGUUUUCGAGAACCGGAGACAUUUUGAUAUGCGUGUGCGAUGAUGGAACCGUCUGGCGAUGGGAUAAAGUCUCGCACAGUUGAAGCGAAAGUUCGGUUUGAUUGUUCCAUGUUUAUAUUUAUUGUACUUGAUCAACAUUUUAUUAUACAUAAUAGCUUCUAGAA